GGCCCGGAAGCGUCUCUACUCCCACAGGAGGCCCGGAAAGAAGAUGGCGGCGCCCUGCAGCCGGUGAGGAGAGAGGACACGGGGAUCCCGGGAGGUAGCCAGAUUCGUACAUUAUGGCCGCAUCCCCGCACACUCUCUCCUCACGCCUCCUGUCAGGUUGGGUAGGAGGAUGUGUCUGGUAUUUUGAAAGAAGAGUGAUACAGGAAUCGCCUCACAAGUUCAUGCAUCUUUUCAGGAAUGUCAAUAAGCAAUGGAUUACAUUUCAGCACUUUAACUUCCUCAAACGCAUGUAUGUCACACACCUGAAUGAAAGCCUCAACCAGCAAGCAAAACCGAAGCCUGAACCAGUGGCAGCUCCUUUCCUUGAAAAAACAUCUUCAGGUCAAGUUAAGCCAGAUAUAUAUGAGAUGAGACCUCUUUCACCGCCCAGCCUAUCUUUGUCCAGAAAACCAAAUGAAAAGGAAUUAAUAGAACUAGAGUCUGCCUCAAUUGUGGAAGACUCAAUAGAGAUGGGAAAAGAGACAAAAGAGGAAAAGCAGUGGAAAGAGAUGAAGCUGCAUGUGGAUGAUUUGCCAGGAAUUUUGGCUCGACUAUCUAAAAUCAAACUCACAGCUCUAGUUGUAAGUACCACUUCAGCUGGAUUUGCAUUGGCUCCAGGACCUUUCGACUGGCCCUGUUUCCUGCUUACUUCUGUUGGGACAGGCCUCGCAUCCUGUGCUGCCAACUCCAUCAAUCAG